AAGAAAUGUGUUGUUUACACGUUGCCAUAGCUACCUCUAUUCAAAGGGUGUUAUCAAAAAUAGGCUGCCAACUAAUGUAUCAGAAAUUCGUAUUUUAACACCUUGUAUCUUUUCAUAGCUUAAUAAUGAACAGACUGUCUACGAAGUACAAAACCCUUUCGCUAAUAAUUGUGGCUUAUAUUGUCACCACGUCGUCUGGAUCACAAUGUGACAGCAAUCCUUGUAUGUAUGGAAUAUGUCUGAACGAUUAUCAAAGCAACAGCUCCUACUCUUGUUAUUGCAUCGAUGGCUAUACUGGAAUAAAUUGUGAGAUCAAUUGGGAUGAUUGCUGGUCGAGUCCAUGUCUCAAUGGAGGAACUUGUAGCGAUGCAAUUGCUACCUACAACUGUACAUGCACCGAAGGAUUUGCAGGUUCUAAUUGUGAAGAGCGAUUUAACGAAUGCUUGUACACACCAUGUCUUAAUAAUGGAACUUGCGUAGAUUAUAAUGGAUUUAUGUGCCAAUGCCAAGAUGGUUACUCAGGAGAGUACUGCGAAAUUGAUGCAACCGUUUGUAAUAGUACCGUGUGUAAAAAUUCUGGAGAAUGUAUCGAAGGACCUGGAUUAUUAUUCAGCUGCCGAUGUCCAGAUGGGUGGACUGGAGAUUUAUGUGAAGAUGAUGUGGACGAGUGUCUCACUUCACCCUGUGAGAAUGGUGGCCUCUGUAUCAAUGUGCCAGCAGCGUACACAUGUGCCUGUUUAUUUGGUUUUACUGGGAAAAAUUGUGACAAACCAAUUGUGCCUUGCGCAUCGAAUCCAUGCAAAAACAACGCAAUUUGUUUGCUUGAAGACGAUGAAACAGUAUGCUACUGCGUUCCAGACUACCAUGGUUCACUUUGCGAACUAAGAUAUAACGACUGUGAGGCAAAAUUUGCCACAUGCGGCAAUGGUGGGACUUGCAUAGAUGGAGUGAACAGUUUUACUUGUUCUUGUCCUUUGAAUUAUUACGGCCAGACCUGCUUGGAAUACAAUGGUACACUCACAGUGACGUCAGAAGAAAUUCCACAUUCAACUUCUGAUGCUUCUCAAACACCUCCUUUUCAAACAAUUCCUUUUCAAAGCAUUGCUUCUACUUAUCCCACAAGAUCUAGUGCUAUCUCGGAUACCCCGGCUACAAAAUUAGAAACAUAUGAUACCGAAAUAUCCACAGAAAGCACAACACCAUUUGGUUCGACCGCAAUCGGAAUAUCAACCAGUACAAUUGAAUCUAUAACAGAAAACAUCUCAUUUGCGUGGAGUACGGUCAAACUGUUGUACUCUACACCUCGUGUAACGGAUGAGGAACAGCUGUCAGCUACACAGACCUCAUCCAGUGUUAAAAUUAUUCCUCUUACGGACAAGUUUAUUACCGAAGAGGCGACUACUACAACCAGUGCACAAAUAACUCCAAAUCUCAUAAGUACAGAUGGAUUUAUGGGUAGCACAACUCCUCACAAUGACAAUAUAAGUCCCAUUUCCUCUACGGGACUAAGUACUCAGCUUCAAAUGAAUGCUACAAUGAGAAUUGAUGUUACAAAAGAAGUUACAGAUGAAGUAUCCACUGUCAGCUUCGAGGGUACAGAAACUGUUACGUCAUUCCCUUUCACAAGUUCUAGUACUGAUUUAUACACAGCGAGUACAGAACCAGCGUUUAAUCUGAGCUCAACAAUCCGAGUCCCCACAAGUACUGAAAAAUCACCACCACUUUAUAACUGCUCACAUGAACACUGUCCGUACAAUACAACUUGCCAGAAUAUUUCGGCAGAGUGCAACUGCAAUUAUCCAGAUGGUUGUGAACUCAGUCCAGAUAUAACCAAUGCUGCUUUCAAUGGGAAAUCUUAUAUCAGACAAUAUUUGUCCGUUGAUAAAGAUGGAAAGGUUCAAAUAUUCAUCAGAAUAAAAACUCGAUCAAAAAAUGGAAUACUUGUCCAUGCAUUUUUCGAUGAUGAUCGAUAUAUAUUAUUACACAUGGAAGUUGGUCAAUUGAAGUUUCAAUUUUCCUGCGGUUUGCAAACAAUGCUCUUAGGGGAAAUUGAUUCACCGAUUAAUAAUGGCUAUGAUGUAGAUAUCGAGAUGAGAUUUCAAUAUGAAAAAGCCAGUAACGUUGACAAAUGCUUGGCAAUGCUCUUUGUAAAUAAUACUGUCGCAAUGAGUGGAGAACAAGUAGUUUCCACACAGGAUGACAUACCGCAGCAAGCUAAAUUGCACUUAGGUGGUAUUCCUCUUGCAUUUUCGCAUUACUUUCCUCAUGUUGCUGUUGGAUUCAUUGGUUGCAUGAGUCUGCUUAAGGUGAACAAUAUCCAAAGACAUCUCAUACGCGACUCAACUGAUACCUUCCAAAUUGAGGAGUGCACUUCAUUUCUAUGUUUAUCCAAUCCUUGUAAAAACUUUGGAGCUUGUCUGGAAGUCAGAGGGAAAAUACAAUGCAAUUGCAUAGCUGGAUAUACUGGGGAAGUGUGUGAGAGGUCUGCCUGUGACGAUAAUCCCUGUCAAUAUGGAGCGUCAUGCAUAAGCUCUCCAGGUACUGGAUUUAUGUGCAUUUGUCCUUUGGGGACUCAUGGUCUGCUUUGUGAAGAAGAUAUUAACAUUAUACAACCAGCCUUUACAGUAUUUACACCGGGUAUCUCCUCCUACAUAGCAUACGGGCUUACAGGAUCUAUAAAAGAUAGUAUCGAAUUGAAACUCAGACUCAUACCUCAAUCAAUUGAACAAAUUUCUUUAAUUGCAUACAUCGGCCAAAGCGGACCUUAUCGAGAUUUGUCUGAUCACCUUGCUAUCACUUAUGUACGUGGAUACAUUAUGCUCACCUGGGAUUUGGGAUCAGGAGUGAGGAGAAUCUUCACUCAUACUGCUCUUACAACUAAAAUGCAUAGACCCCACACCCUUCGGGUUGGUAGGAAAGGUAGAGACGCUUGGCUAUCCGUAGAUGGCCUUGGAAAUGUUACCGGACGUUCUGCAGGAUCUAUGACCAGUCUAGACGUUGCACCAAUUCUCUACAUUGGAGGACAUAAGUCGAAGAACUUUGAUACAUUGCCUCAUGAUUUACCUCUGCACACUGGAUUCUCUGGUUGUAUAUUUGAUGUUGAGUUACGUAUCGAAAAUAGAAUCUUUCCAGUGGCAAAAACGAAUUCCGCUACUGGUAGAGGAAUAGGAGAGUGUCAUCGAAAUGAAUGCACGCAUAGAUCUUGCAAAAAUGGGGCUGUGUGCUUAAAUCAUGGUCCAACUUAUAGUUGCGUCUGUACCAAGGAUUGGGAAGGACCAGAUUGUUCACAAUUGGUAAAAACAAUCUCAUCACUGCCGUAAUGUUUGCUGCCAAAAAAACUAGACAGAUUCACAAUUACAACAAAUAAUUGGUAUUAAUUAAUUAGUGAUAAAUACUAAAUAAAAGAAAACUUCGUUUUUCAUAGUCUCAGGUA